AUGGCAACCAAGACCAGGACUGGCGUCGGCUCCUUUCAAAUCCAGCCCGCGGACUUUGCCCUGGACGACGUACGACGAGCUCGAGAAUUCUACCACUACCUCCAACCAGACAAUCUCCUUCAUCCUGAUCGACCUCGCCGUAACUCGAAGGUAUCCGCUUCCUCCGACGAUGUCCCAAGUCUCAGCAAUGCCCUUUCGCCGUUUUGCCAACUCGCAGUUUUACGCUGCAACUGCAGGAAAUCCAUGCUCAAUGUUAUGGACAGAGAUGUCAUGUAUUUCCUGGCAGAAGCAACAAGAGAAAAUACCGCCGAAGGCGAAGCAGCAUACGAAUUUGUGGAAGACCCCAUACUUAUGAGGUGCAGCGCGAUCCCUCUCAAGGGAAGGAUAUGUGAAUUGACUAUAAGGAUGGACAACGUGGAUGAAACAGCUCCUACGCCGAUGUACAUCAUCCCAGACUUGACCGACUCCCAGUUCUCCGAGAUGGAAAUUGUAACAGGACCGCCAUAUUACAGGUUCUAUGCUGGUGUACCAAUCACGACAAGAGAUGGAGUGAACAUUGGAAGUUUGGCUAUCAUGGACACAAAGGCUCGCCCUAAUGGAUUGACGUACAGUGAAGAAAAGUUUUUGGCCGAUGCAGCUCGCCAGGUAAUGCUACAUUUAGAGACCAACAGACAAGCCAUCGAAGGUCGGCGUUGUCGUCGCAUGGCAGAAGGUCUCGAGGCUUUUAUCGCCGGCAAAAAAGCCCUUCAAGCGCCUCACGUGGUGGAGAAAUCCCUGAAGAGAAGGUCGAAACUACAGAACGGUAACAUACCGUUAGUAGACGGGGUUCACUCACCAGACGGAAAUCCCUCCGCUCGCAAUGAUUAUGGUUUUGAAAGAGUCCUUUCUCAGGACUCUGUUGAACAUGAAGAUAGCACUUCAGGGCAUUCUUCAGAGGCAGAGGAUGCAUGGGCAAAGAGAGACACUGAUGCAGAAUCCAGAUCACAUUCGAAAACGUUUGGAAGGGCAGCGAAUAUACUACGAGAAUGUUUUGGUGACCUUGGUGAGGACGGAGCGGUGGCUUUCGUGAUCCUGGGUCCUCGCACUGCCACAGCCACCUCUCUGGAUGGGGAUGCGUCAGGCCACGAUGGCCAUUCAAUGUCGGCAAACUCUGCAUUCAUUGCUUACUCAACAGAGGCGGAACAAUAUACUGGGGAGAAGGAGCUGUCGACCAAAACCGCAGUCAUUGAUGAUGAAAUGUUACAGAAUCUCAUGCGACGGUAUCCCGGUGGACGACUAUGGUCUCUCGAGGGCAGCAGCUUCUCAUCCUCCGAAGACGACAAGGAUCCGCGGAAUAACUCGAACCGGUCGCCGCUGCAACCACGCAAACGCAGUCGUCGGAAACAAACCGAGAUUGAUACGCUUCGCGCCACCUUUCCUUCUGCGUUACAGGUACUUUUUGCCCCACUUUGGGAUGCAUCGGUUGGAUCAUUUGCACAUGCAUGUUUCGUCGCAACGACGUUGGACACGAGAUCAUUCAGCUCUACUGUUGAAUUGCCGUUCCUCAAUUCCUUUUGCAGUACGUUGAUGGCCGAGUGCAGUCGGUUGGAUACCAUGGUGGCGGACAAGCAGAAGAGCGACUUUGUCGGUACGAUAUCUCACGAAAUGCGCUCACCGUUACAUGGACUGCUCGCGAGCGUGGAAUUUCUGACGGAGACUGACCUCAACGGUUUCCAAAAGUCCUUGAUCGAUACCAUUGACUCCUGCGGACGAACCUUGCUGGACACGAUAAACCAUGUUUUGGACUUUUCCAAGGUGAACUCUUUCCAGAAGCAGUGGCAGGCUUCGAACAAAAAGACCUAUGGGUCCAAGCGGAACAAUUUCCUGGGUCCGGAGAACUCGUCAAGAUCAUUAGCACAUGGGGCUCCACCUCUUCUUCAAUUGUUUGGAGUUACCGACAUAUCAGCCGUACUUGAGGAAGUGGUUGAUGGUCUGGUCCUUGGCCAUACGUUCAAUUCUGGAAUUGACAUAACAGACACGUCGCGGCAAGCCCGUGGUCGAGGGGCUACCCAGCUCAAAACCAAGGAUACCGCUGACCCGGUUGACAUCAUUAUUGAUGUCGAACAAGCCGACUGGAUCUUCCUAACACAACCUGGUGCUGUUCGUCGAAUCAUCAUGAACAUCACAGGCAAUGCCAUCAAGUACACGAGUCAUGGGACGAUCAACGUUCGUCUCCGGUUGAAGAGAUCGUUGGAGGUAGACGGCAGUGACUUGAUGGUACUCACCGUGACGGACACCGGGAAAGGGAUCUCCGAGCAGUUCCUCUCUUCCCGCCUCUUCGUGCCAUUUGCACAGGAAAAUGCCCUAGCACCGGGCACAGGUCUGGGUAUGUCGAUUGUGCGGAGUAUUGUGCUUAUGCUUGGAGGCACAAUCGAUGUCAAAAGCAAGGUCAAUCAAGGCACCACGGUUGAGGUUGCUUUACCUAUGAAGAGGCCUAUCCCAGGUCAAACUUCCACACAAACCACACCCUGGUCCGGCGCUACCAUGUCUUCAACAACUUCAGCCAAUGAAGACUCCAUUGCGUGGUUACAAGAUCAGUCAUCAGAAGCUACUGUCACAUUCUAUCAACCUGUACCCGAAACGGAUAAAGAGCUGGCACAGAUCCUGAGAUCAUACGCCCAUGAUUGGUACCAUCUGCAGUUCGUUGACCAGCGACUGUAUAACAGGUCUUCUGUGGUUCUCGUGAGGGAGGAGGAUCUCGAGGAAUUGAUGCAGCAACCCAUUGGCACCCCUUCGGCUCGUCCGGCUCUGGUUGUCAUGUGCUCCGUCUCUUCCAAGCAUAGCGCCACAUUGCUGCGCUCGCUAGAAGAACGGAUCUCGAGUGCGGUCGAGCUUGUAUCAACGCCCUGUGGGCCGCGGAAACUUGCCCGAAGUAUACGAUUGGCCUUGGAGAAGAAGUACGUGGCUUUGAAAUCGAAUUUGAGCAAAGGUGUCAUGACGCCUCCCACCUUCCCACCCGCGAGCCCAGGGGUGCCGAGAACAGCACUGGAUUCUGUCACGGAAGAAUUAUGUGACAUGGAUCUCAAUCCACCAGGUGAAACAGAUAGUGCGAGAGUCGUCCAAGCGACAGAGACCAUUUCGUUCAACAGCCAAACUCGAAGUGUCCCAGGCACACCUUUGGAGACUCCUAGACCACCAGAUCCAGACAUAACGCCGAGAGCCGAUAUGGUCAAUCCGCAUGUGCUGCUGGUGGAUGACAACAUGAUCAACUUGAGGCUACUGGAGACGUAUCUGAGGACGAAACGGAAAUAUACCAGAGUCGUACAGGCCGAGGAUGGGCAACAAGCUGUUGACGCGGUGACCUCGGCUGGAGAACCAUUUGACGUGAUUUUCAUGGACAUUUCAAUGCCGGUGAUGAAUGGAUUUGAGGCAACGCGGGCAAUUCGAGAGUUUGAGAUGGGGAAAGGGUGUGAUCCGGGGGCCAUGAUCAUUGCGUUGACGGGUCUGGCUAGCGGGAAAGAUCAGACUGAGGUGUUUGACAGUGGAUGCGACAUUUAUAUGACGAAGCCGGUGAGUUUCAAGGAGGUGGGGAAACUUUUGGAUCAUUGGGAGGCGCAUCAGGAUGUGAAUGCUAGCGUCGAGGGCAAGACGGCUGGCGAUUCAGUCGCGUGA